AUGAGCGACGACGGACUGAAGAAGGCAGACACCAGCGACAAGGUCGACUCGGGCCCCUCGCAGGCGGACACGCCCGACGAGGACCUCGUGCCCCCGUACACCUCCGCUGCAGGCCCGAGCGAGCUGCGCAGGGACGACGGCCCGCCAGCGGCGCGACACCAGCCCGGCCCCGCGCUGCCAGAGAUACCGCCACCGCCCCUCAUCUCGCAGGACGUCGAGCACGGCGCGAGUGCCCCACCCACCGCGGAGCCACCCGUCACGGACGCCGAGCGCGCCACUGUCGCAGAGGUCGUCACCAAGUACAGCUACAGCUCGCAGGAGACGCAGUCGUGGGACGGGAAGUUGAGCGAUCCGGUGCUCCUACGCAACUUCAUCUGCUCACACGCGGCGGAUAGGCCCGAGGGCGGGUUCGGCAUCGUCGGCUCGCACACCGAGACGCGGUGGCACACGCGCCAGGUCAAGGUCGGCGAGAGCUGGCGCGAGGAGCGAUACUCUGAAACAGUCACGAUCCAGGACUUUUCCUUGACGAUCGACGCGAGCCCGCCGCGCGGCAACAGGGCGAACCUGCACGUGUGGGCGCUGCCGGCCGGCGAGCCGGCACUGCGGGGCACGCACCACUGGUCGUACGGCGGCCCGGGGGAAGACAAGUUUUCGCGCGUGGCUGCGAGCUCGGCGGAGGGGAAGGCGUGGGCCGAGCGCGUGGAGGAGCUGCGCGAGCUGGGCAACGCGCCGUGGUUGCUCGACGGGCGGGUGCACAAGUUUGCCGCGGACGAGCUGGGCAACACUGAGGCGAAGAGCCGGCCUCUUGAGCAGUGGUGCGAGGCGUUCUGCGCCGACAAGGCAAAGUACAAGCGCUUCGUGCUGACCAAGGAGGUGUGGGGGUGGGACUUCAAGGCGACGAAACGACGCAUCAUCAACAUCAUCCGCAGCUCAGGCUACGGCGGCGACCUGAAUGUGUGGUACGACUUUACUCCGAAGAACCUGAUCGUGCGGCCCAACUCGCGCCUCGUGCGCGCGAUGCACGAGUCGUGGCGGUAUUUGAUGUACCUCACGUGUGUGUGGUGCUGCGUGAAGGGGUGGCAGCGGCUGGACAAGAACGGGGGCGCGCCGUACGAGGUUGUCGUGGCGAGCUACGGGAUGAAGACGUACCCCCCUCUUCCUGGCACGUAUCCCGCCGAAACCCUCGCCACCGCGCUGGAGCGGUUCCCCGCCGUCGCGGCCGCACAUCCUGAGAUUCCUGGCGACGCGGGCGGAUACCUUGUUUACGGGCCCAAGGGGGUGCAUUACCAGCUGGGGGAGAGCGAGGACGAGUUCAUCGCGCGUACCGAUUACACCAACAAGUUCACCAACUGCCUUCAAUGCGACCUGGACCGCACGUACCCGUUGGACACUACCCAAGACGGGAGCAGCUAUGAGUUUGCCGAUGCCGAGUCUAAGCUCGUUGAUCUGCACUCCGCGUGUGUCGACUAUGGCUCCGUACCCACCGCCACCUUGGCCCUCACCGAACCACCGCUCCCAUACCCGACACCCGCGAACAUGACCGGGCGGCCGCGGUCGUGCGAGUGGCUCUGCUACGAGGCAAACUCCACUCAGGUGUUCCAGAAGGCCAACCAGAUCCCUGCUUGCUACGCAUCGGGUCUGAAGCCCGACGCGGUGCCGUGUGAGAAGUACCCUCAGUUCUGCAGCGUCGAGGGGUUCAACAAGCUCGCAGCUUGUGCUCAGUGCCGCCUGGUAUCAUCCAACACGGUCGACUCGUCGUACGCCCCGGGCGCUGUGACCAAGGCCCGGGUCACGCUCGAUGAGAUCUACAGCCUCUGCCAUGACAUGGGCUACUCGGCGACCAACGUGCCGCUGUACACCCAGUUCCCGUUGCCGACAGACACGAACCUCGCCCUGACGGCGGCGCCGACGACGACAGAAACGCGCCCCUCAACCACUCAGGAAAGUAUACUUCCAUCAACGACGAAAGCAGCCGCGGCGGCGCGUGCCACUAACCCCGUCUAUGCUGCCCCGGUUGCCGCUGCCGUCGUGGGCAUGUACAUCAUGGGCUUAGGGUUCAAGAUGAGAUAA